AUCUGUGAGGGGAGGGAGGAGAAGUGAGGGAACUCCGUCGUUCUGGGCGCGCACUCGCCCGCGGUCGAGAGUCGAGUCCCCAGGAGGCUGCUCCUCGCCGCCUUGUUUUGGGCUCCGUGAGCCGAAAGGGGCAGGGCAGAAGAAGGCGACACAAACACGCCGCGGGAAGAGCGCGGCCCCGGCCUCUGCCUGCGUGCGCUUACUAGCGCGGGCUCAGUACUGGCGCGGGAGGCGCGCGGCGGCGGCGCCUGCGCGGUCGGGCUCGGUCGACAGUUCGCAGGGGAGGAGGCGGCGGGAGGCGGAGGAGGCGGCGGCGGCGAUGGAGGUGAAGCGGCUGAAAGUGACCGAGCUGCGGUCGGAGCUGCAGCGGCGGGGCCUGGAUUCGCGCGGCCUCAAGAUGGAUCUGGCGCAGCGGCUUCAGGAGGCGCUGGAUGCUGAGAUGCUGGAGGACGAGGCCGGCGUUGGUGGCGCCGGGCCCGGCGGGGCCUGCAAGGCGGAGCCUCGGCCUGUGGCCGCGUCGGGCGGAGGCCCGGGCGGGGACGAGGAGGACGACGACGACGACGACGAGGAGGAGGACGAGGAGGCGCUGCUUGAGGACGAAGACGAGGAGCCACCUCCUGCUCAAGCUUUGGGGCAGGCCGCGCAGCCUCCUCCGGAGCCCCCGGAGGCGUCAGCCAUGGAGGCCGAACCCGAAUCCUCCGACACACCGGCGGAGGCCACGGCCGGGUCAGGUGGGGUAAACGGUGGUGAAGAGCAUGAGACCGGCAAGGGGGAGGAAGACGGGCCGGAGGAACGGAGCGGGGAUGAGACGCCGGGAUCCGAGGCACCGGGUGACAAGGCCACAGAGGAACAAGGAGAUGACCAGGAUAGUGAAAAGUCAAAACCAGCAGGCUCAGAUGGUGAGCGGCGGGGGGUAAAGAGACAGCGGGAUGAGAAGGAUGAACAUGGCCGAGCUUACUAUGAAUUCCGAGAGGAGGCUUACCACAGCCGCUCGAAGUCUCCACCACCUCCAGAAGAAGAAGCAAAAGAUGAAGAGGAGGAUCAGACACUUGUGAACCUGGACACAUAUACCUCAGAUCUCCAUUUUCAAAUAAGCAAAGACCGAUAUGGAGGGCAGCCACUUUUCUCAGAAAAAUUUCCUACCCUUUGGUCUGGGGCAAGGAGUACUUAUGGAGUAACAAAGGGAAGAGUAUGCUUCGAGGCCAAGGUAACACAGAAUCUCCCAAUGAAAGAAGGCUGCACAGAAGUUUCUCUACUCAGAGUUGGGUGGUCUGUUGAUUUUUCCUGUCCACAGCUUGGUGAAGAUGAAUUCUCUUAUGGUUUUGAUGGAAGAGGACUCAAGGCAGAGAAUGGGCAGUUUGAGGAAUUUGGCCAGACUUUUGGGGAGAAUGAUGUCAUUGGCUGUUUUGCUAAUUUUGAAACUGAAGAAGUAGAACUUUCCUUCUCCAAGAAUGGAGAAGACCUGGGUGUGGCAUUCCGGAUCAGCAAGGAAUCUCUAGCAGAUCGAGCCCUUCUACCCCAUGUCCUUUGCAAAAAUUGUGUCAUAGAAUUAAACUUCGGUCAGAAGGAAGAGCCCUUUUUCCCACCACCAGAAGAGUUUGUGUUCAUCCAUGCUGUGCCUGUAGAGGAGCGUGUACGGAUUGCGGUUCCUCCUAAGACCAUAGAGGAGUGUGAGGUGAUUCUGAUGGUAGGACUCCCUGGAUCUGGGAAGACCAAGUGGGCACUAAAGUAUGCAAAAGAAAACCCUGAGAAAAGAUACAAUGUCCUGGGAGCUGAGACUGUGCUCAGUCAAAUGAGGAUGAAAGGGCUGGAGGAGCCAGAGAUGGACCCCAAGAGCCGAGACCUCUUAGUUCAGCAAGCUUCCCAGUGCCUUAGUAAGCUAGUCCAGAUUGCUUCCCGAUCAAAGAGGAACUUCAUUCUUGAUCAGUGUAAUGUGUACAACUCUGGCCAACGAAGGAAGUUAUUGCUGUUCAAGACUUUCUCCAGGAAAGUGGUGGUGGUUGUCCCUAAUGAGGAAGAUUGGAAGAAGAGGCUGGAGUUGAGAAAAGAAGUGGAGGGAGAUGAUGUGCCUGAGUCUAUAAUGCUGGAGAUGAAAGCCAACUUCUCUCUACCUGAGAAAUGCGAUUAUAUGGAUGAGGUGACAUAUGGGGAGCUGGAAAAAGAAGAAGCCCAACCCAUUGUUACUAAAUACAAGGAGGAAGCCAGGAAGCUGCUGCCCCCCUCUGAGAAGCGGACAAACCGCAGGAACAAUCGCAACAAGAGAAACCGGCAGAACCGAAGCAGAGGCCAAGGCUAUGUGGGCGGGCAGCGCCGAGGCUACGACAACCGGGCCUACGGGCAGCAGUACUGGGGGCAGUCUGGAAACAGAGGGGGCUAUCGUAAUUUCUAUGAUCGAUACAGGGGUGACUAUGAUCGAUUCUACAGACAAGAUUAUGAGUACAACAGAUACAGAGACUAUUACAGACAAUACAACCGGGAUUGGCAGAAUUACUACUACCACCACCAACAGGACAGAGACCGAUACUACAGGAACUACUACGGUUACCAAGGGUAUCGGUGAAGCCCCUGCUGUUUUCACCUGUCAGCCAUGAAGCUGAGGCUCUGGGGAUGCCAAGCAUCCCCCAAAACACAACCAAGGAAAACAGGGGCUGUUGGGGUGGGGCUGAGCUGCCGGGGAGGGGUGGUUGGGGGG